GCAAAUGGAGAGGGAUAAGGCACAGGAGGAGCUGAGGAGGACUGUGAAGGAGGUGACGGUUCUCCGAGAGGAGAUGCAGAAGAAACAAAGGGAGAAGAAGGAGGUAGAAGAGGAGCUGAUGAAGAUGAAAGAGGUCGUGACAGCACUCAGAGAGGAGGAAGAACAAGAGAAGAGGUUGAGGGAGGAGGCCCAGCAGGACUGGAGCCAGAGAGAGGAGGAGCUGAGGAGGAGCAAGACAGAGGUGCCUGUACUUAGAGAGAAGCUACUAAAGGAGCAAGGGGAAAAGGAGACAUUGCAGGAGGAGCUAAUGAAGAGAACAGAAGAGGUGACAGCUCUCAGUGAGGAGGUGCAGAAGGACCGGAGGCAGAUGGAGGAGGCCAAGGAGGAGCUGAGAAGAACCAAGAAUGAGUUGAUGAUCAUCACAGAGGAGGCACAGAAGGAACAACAUGCAAAGGAGCACAUACAAGAAAAAUUAGCAAGUACAGAGAAGGAGGUGACUGAUCUCAGA